AUGGCGGAAACGUACGGAUGGAGUAAGGAUGGGUCUGAGCUUCAGGAGUAUUUUAACGACCUGCGACGGGAGCAUGAACGCGAGUGUGCCGAGUUCAAAAAGCCCUUUGACUGUCAUGCCCUCGCCGAGUUUUACGAGACAGUCGACAAGAACGCGACAAAAGCCAUCGAGAUGUAUCGGGAGCUGUGCUUUGAGAAAAGCUACGGUCGCAGUUGCUAUCGGCUCGGAAGCGCGCAGAUGUCUGGGCGUGGCACACCUGCCAGUUUGCCAGUUGCCUUCAAGACCUUUUGUCGUGGUUGUGAGCUCGACAACGUGGAGAGCUGUCACAACAAAGCUAUGAUGCUACGAGCCGGUAUCCCAGAUGAGGUGCCCCGAGAUGCACCCCAGGCUCUCGAGCUGUUCAAAAAGUGCUGCCAACGCGAUUUUCGUAACGGCUGCUUCAUGGCCUCAACCAUGUACCUGCAAGGGGCCGAGGGCGUGGCCAAGGAUAUGCCCAAAGCCCUCGAGUUUGCUCUUCGCGCUUGCGAGCUCAACCAUGCCUGGGGCUGCGCCAACGCGGCUCGUAUGCUACGCAUUGGCGAUGGUGUUGCCAAAGACGCCGGCAGGGCUGAGCAGUUGCAGGCACAGGCGCAAGAGCUACUUGCCGAGACUUGA